AUGGAGAAGUACCAUGUCCUGCAGGUGAUCGGCGAGGGCUCCUUCGGGCGCGUGUACAAGGGGCGUCGGAGGCACAGCGCUCAGGUGGUGGCCUUGAAGUUCAUCCCCAAGCUGGGGCGGUCUGAAAAGGAGCUGAAGAACCUGCAGCGGGAAAUUGAGAUCAUGAGAGGCCUCCAUCACCCCAACAUCAUCCAGAUGCUUGACAGCUUUGAGACUGACAAGGAGGUGGUGGUGGUGACUGACUAUGCAGAGGGAGAGCUCUUCCGGAUCCUGGAGGACGAUGGGAGUUUGCCCGAGGACCAGGUUCAGACCAUAGCCGCCCAACUGGUCUCCGCUCUCUAUUACCUGCACUCCCACCGCAUCCUGCACCGCGACCUGAAACCCCAAAACAUCCUGCUCGGCAAAGAUGGCGUCGUCAAGCUCUGUGACUUCGGGUUUGCCCGUGCCAUGAGCAUCCACACCAUGGUGCUGACCUCCAUCAAGGGCACCCCACUGUACAUGGCCCCUGAGCUGGUGGAGGAGCGGCCGUAUGACCACACGGCAGACCUGUGGUCUCUGGGCUGCAUCCUGUAUGAGCUGUUCGUGGGCACUCCUCCCUUCUACACCAGCAGCAUCUUCCAGCUUGCCAGGCUUAUUGUCAAGGACUCUGUCAAAUGGCCUGCAGCCAUAAGCCCAGUCUUCAAGAGCUUCCUGCAGGGACUACUCACGAAGGACCCCCGCGAGCGCCUGUCAUGGCCAGAGCUGCUCUCUCACCCCUUCAUUGCUGGACGGGUUACUGUGAUUGAUGACACUGAAGAGCAUGGGAUCUCAAACCCAUUCCCCACCAAGCUCUCUCCAGAGCUGCAGGCCCUGAAGGAUCAGCAAGCCCAUUCCAUGGCCCCCAGGAGCAGCCAGUCCAGGAUCCUGAGAAAGGCCUGGCAGAAGAUGGCUGAGGAGGCACAGAAAAAGGAGCAACUGAAGGCAGGCAAUAGAUCAGCGAAGGACUCCGGCCAAGGAUGCCCAGGGCAUAGACCCAGAGCAGUGCUGGGGAAGGCAGCCCUUGGAGAGAGGGGGCCACUGGCUGCUUCCAACGAGAAGAACCCCAGUGUCCUGCAGGGAAGGAGCAGCGUGGCAGAGCGGGACCUGGAGGAGCCUCCUCCUGAGCCACGGGAGCACAGCGUCAGUCGGGAUUGUGAGCAGCAGUGUCCUGGAGCAGGUGGCCCGCCACAGCCUGGUGCUGGCCAGGCAGAGCCCCGGGGCAGGCGCAGCAUUGAGACCGUGGACCUGGAGAGUGAGGAGAUGGAGAGCGAUGAGGAGUGGCAGCACUUGAUGGAGGCCACUGAGCCCUCAGCCAUGCAUCUGAGCAUCCCGCUGAGCCUCCUGAGGGACCCAGCCUUCCAGCGCCGUGUCCAGGCCCGCCUGGCAGACUCUGCUCAGCAGAUGCUGGAAGGGAUGCUGGAGGGAGCCUCCCGUCUCCAUCCCGUGCUCCGUGUCAUGGGCAACCUCCUGGCGAGCCGAUGUGACUCUGGGCUGUUGGGCCACUUCUGCCAAGAGCUGAGUGUGCCUCUGUCGCUGCUGCAUCUAGCCAAGCAGAUCCUGGAGAGUGGUAGCACCAAGCAGCAGCCCUGGUGUAUCACGGUGCUGACGGACCUCCUCAUGGUGACCACAGUUUAUUUCAGCAGUGAAUGGAGCCUGGAGGAGAGUGGGCAAAAGGACAGCCUGCAGGCCUUCGGAGAGAGUGCUGGCUGCUUCCUGGCGCUGCUGCCAGAGCUGCUGGCUCAGCCAGCUGACAGCGAGAUGAGACUCUGCCAGCAAAGCCUCCUGUGCUUCACCCUGCUCUGUGAGAGCCUGGAUGCGACAUACCCCUCUGUUGCUGCCCCCUUCUAUGCCAGCCUGCGAGAGGAGCAUCAGCCCCUGCUGCACAGACUCCUUCAGGGAUCCACCUCAGAGCAGCCUGCUCUGCGAGGUCCAGCGAUGAAGACCAAGUCAGCCCGUGACCAGAGCCCAUGUGUGGCAGACUUCUUCAUGGCUGCACUGGCUGCUGCCUGCAGCAUCCCGCUGGAGAGGAGCGGCUGUCAGGAAGCCAAGCUGCAGGUUGCUCAGGAGGUAGCUGCAAAGCUUAUGGAGAGAGAGAGCCAUCAGCUUGGGAGACUGCUGGGGAGACUGGAGCACUCAAGUUGCUCCUUGAAUGUGCUGAAGAUCCUCUAUGCUGGCUGCCAUGCCAGCCUAAGCCUGUGCCAACACCUAGGAAAGAGCCAGCAAUUGUGGGAUUCUCUCAUGCAGCUCUCGAAGGGCAAGGUCCCCAUGGUAGAGGUGGCCCAGGGGACAACCUGCGAGGCCUCUCUAUACCUGCUGGCCCUGCUCACCGUGCAGCUCCAGGUCUCUCCUCCCAG